UGGAGGACUCAAACCAAAUUAAACUAAAUUCGAACUUUAUCUAACCCAAUUUGGUUCAACUUAAAAGAGUCAAAGUCAAACUUAAAAUCAAGCUCAAUAAGCUCACUUCUAACCAACUCAAAAUUGAUUCGGUUUGAGGAAAAUCAAACUCAAGUUCAAUUCAAGUUUAAUUACAAUAUCAAGUUUAGCUUGAGCAGAACUUAACUUAACUAUGUACUUAAACCAAAAUAAAUUAAAACAACGUCAUUUUAAUAAGUAUUAAUCAAAACUGUGUUGUUUUACCCAAUUUGAAUCAAACUUUUCUAAGCGCACAAGCUUAACAGGCACCCCCCAAACUGUUUGCCUAAGCUAAGUUAGCAUUUGAGCUUGAGCCAAUUCGAUUUGAAUUCACCCCCAACUCAAUUUCUUCUAUCUUCUCAGUCUCCCUCUCCCUCUCCCUCUCAUCUUUCAUCUCUUCCCUUUUUUCAACACCACGUCAUGGCGUUGUCAUUGCACCCAUUUGUUUCUCCUCACUCCACUUGUCUCUUCAAACCACUCCUCAACAUCCCUACACCAAAACUUGAUACAACCAUAAACCCCCAGAGACAUCUUAAAUCAACAACUGCAAGAACCAGGGUCUCAAAAUGCCAUGCAGUCGCUGAUAUAAGAACCAGUACUGUGGUGGAGGAAGAUGACCACCAAGCUCUUCUAGGUCCUUCAAUGGAAGACGAAAAGGGAGGAGAAAGAUUGGUAGCAGACUAUGAUUGGACUGAAGAAUGGUACCCACUUUACCUCACUGAAGAUGUCCCAGAUGAUGCACCUUUAGGUCUCACCGUGUUUGACAAGCAGAUUGUCUUGUACAAAGAUGGACACGGGGAGCUUCACUGUUGUCAGGACCGCUGCCCCCACAGGUACAAUUUUAGUUCUGGUAAUGUUUUAACUAGAUAUGAUGAUAAAAAACUUCGAGCUUUACCUUUCAAAUCUCCGACAGAGCUGAGCUGCAGUUGAUACAGGUUGGCAAAACUUUCUGAAUGGCAGUUGGUUGAUGGAAGACUCGAAUGUUUGUAUCAUGGUUGGCACUUUGAAAGCAACGGUAAAUGUGUUAAGAUACCUCAGCUUCCGGCAGACACCAAAAUUCCUAAAUCAGCCUGUGUUCGGACGCUUGAGGAGAAGGAAUUACAAGGGGUCGUCUGGGUGUGGAUGUCGCUGAAGACAGCACCAAACUUUGGUAAAAUUCCAUGGUUCGAGAACUUCGCCAGGCCAGGGUUUCAAGACACGUCAACAAUCCAUGAGCUUCCUUCUGACCGCUCUAUACUCCUUUGAUAAUCUCAUGGAUCCUGCUCAUAUCCCCAUCUCUCAUGAUCGGACAGACUGGAUGGCUAAAAGAGAAGACGCCCAACCACUUCUUUUCGAGGUCACUGAACGUUCAGACUGUGGAUUUGCAGGCUGGUGGGGGAAGGAAAAAGAUGGUGCCAAGCCAAACUUUUUACGCCUUGAAGCACCAUGUGUUCUUUAGAAUAACAGAGAAUUUGUAGGCAAGGAUGGUUUAAAGCAUUACUUUACUGGUCUUUUCCUUUGUAGACCAACAGGACAGGAAAAAUCCAUGCUUAUUGUAAGGUUUGGAGCAACUAUUAGAUCACCAUUAUCAAAGAUUUUACCCAAAUGGUACUUCCGUCAGAACGGUUGUAAGGUUUUCGAGCAAGAUAUGGGGUUUCUGUCAUCCCAAAAUGAGGUUUUAAUGAAGGAAAAAGUACCAACAAAGGAAUUGUACCUUAACUUAAAGUCUUCAGAUACAUGGGUUGCUGAAUACAGGAAAUGGAUGGAUAAGGUUGGGCAUGGGAUGCCUUACCAUUUUGGGCACAGCACCAUUUCUCUGCCUAAACAACCUGCUGUGGUAGAGCAUGCACCAGCUGGGCUAGUUGCAGGAGUUUCAGCUUCUUCACUGGCUAAGGGUGGCCUGGGAAUGAUGCAUGCUCCAAAUUUGGCAAACUGACACUUUAGACAUGUAAUACAUUGUAAGGGUUUCAGCAGAGUUGUCAAAGCUUUCAACACUUGGAAAAAUGGACUAAUGGCAGCAACUCUUGCACUUUCUGCCUUGGCUAUUCUGGCUUCGGGAAGGCAGUGGGGGCCCUUUUUCGUAGUCUCUGCAACCUUAUGUCUGGCUGGAGUUCAUGCUUGCUCAACUGCCAUUACAAUGAACACUACAAACU